UCCAUGGUUCUGUCAUAAAGUGACUGAUCGUGACUUCGUCACACGUCAAAUUCGUUUGACCCGGCCAUUUUUGUUGCGAUAGUCGGCAGACAUGUCGCAUAGAAAAUUUUCGGCGCCUCGCCAUGGCUCUAUGGGAUUCUAUCCCAAGAAGAGAUCCCGCCGCCACCGUGGUAAGGUUAAGGCUUUCCCGAAAGAUGAUCCUAGCAAGCCAGUGCAUCUUACUGCCUUCAUUGGCUACAAAGCUGGUAUGACCCACGUGGUCCGUGAACCCGACCGUCCUGGGUCAAAGAUCAACAAGAAGGAGAUCGUCGAAGCUGUGACCAUCAUUGAGACUCCGCCUAUGGUCUGUGUUGGUGUUGUCGGUUACAUCGAGACACCACAUGGCCUUCGCGCUCUUUUGACCGUAUGGGCUGAACACAUGUCCGAAGACUGCCGUCGUCGCUUCUACAAGAACUGGUAUAAGUGCAAGAAGAAGGCCUUUACCAAGUCUAGCAAGAAAUGGCAAGAUGAACUGGGCCGCAAGUCUAUUGAAAAGGACUUUAAGAAAAUGAUCCGUUACUGCAGUGUUAUCAGAAUCAUUGCACACACGCAAAUGAAACUUCUUAAACAAAGACAAAAGAAAGCCCAUAUCAUGGAGAUCCAAGUAAAUGGUGGAACUGUUGAAGACAAAGUAAAAUGGGCGAGAGAACAUCUAGAGAAGCCCAUCCCCAUUGAUUCUGUCUUUACUCAAGAUGAGAUGAUUGACUGCAUUGGAGUCACGAAGGGUAAAGGAUACAAAGGUGUUACAUCUCGUUGGCACACCAAGAAGCUCCCACGUAAGACUCACAAGGGUUUGCGUAAAGUUGCUUGUAUUGGAGCAUGGCAUCCUUCAAGAGUGUCAUUUACUGUUGCUCGUGCUGGUCAGAAGGGUUACCAUCACCGUACUGAAAUGAACAAGAAAAUCUAUAGAAUUGGACAAGGAAUCCAUACCAAGGAUGGAAAAGUUAUUAAGAACAAUGCUUCUACUGAAUAUGACUUGUCAGAGAAAUCUAUUACUCCAAUGGGUGGUUUCCCUCAUUAUGGUGAAGUCAAUAAUGACUUUGUCAUGAUUAAGGGAUGUUGUAUGGGACCUAAGAAGCGUGUCAUUACUUUAAGAAAAUCUCUGCGUGUACACACUAAGAGGGCAGCACUUGAGAAGAUCAAUCUAAAGUUCAUCGACACUUCGUCCAAAUUUGGUCAUGGUCGCUUCCAGACACCAGCUGACAAGGCUGCAUUUAUGGGAACUCUUAAGAAGGACCGUAUACGUGAAGAGGCUGCUGCUACCGCUGCUCCAGCUGCAGCUCAGUCAUAAGUGCUUAUUGACACAAUAAAGUGAUAAAUAAAAA